UUGUUUAUGUUUCGUUCUACAGUCGCCGCAAAGCGCGCAAUCUCAAUCUAUUAGUUAUUUACCUUACCAUUGUUCCACGUUCCGGAACCGGUCAGAGUGAAAUCUUUCUAAUAUGAACGAAGCGUUCCGUGCAGUCGAUGCCAAAGGCAAUCAGGACGAUGGAGAGGACGACGAUGGACUGGUGGAAAUGACGGAUUUUUAUGAUCCGAUCGCGGCUCUAUUGUCCAGCAUUGGUGGGGAGGCUGAAAAUCUCACCGAGGAGUUGAGGAAAUAUGAUAUCAAGUACGAACAUCUUUCCGGUUUAUGCGAUGAGGAUCUAAUUGUUCUAGGGCUGAAGAACAAAAAGAUCAGAGAUGAAGUACUGGCCGAAAUUGAAGUUUUGCCUAACCAAAUGGAACACUAUGAUCAGGCUAUGAAAACACUCGACGUUCAGGGCUACACCAGAGGUAUCCUAAAAAAUACUCUAUCCCACUUGGAUAGUCUCGCCGCGUUACUUACCUUAACACAACUGAAGCUCUCCACACAACACGUGGAAAACGUACAAAUCGAGGACGAUAAAUAUGCAUCGGAAGCAGCGGUAAGUAUUUGCCAAAAACUAGCGAUUAAAAGUCAAGAAAUAGAGCAUUUCAUCAAAGAGCUGAGAAAAGGACGAUUUGACAAAAAGAAAGGAUUUUCGAACCCGAAUAAUAGAGGUAAACGAGGUAGUUGUCUUCACAAAAUAUUGUUGGUCUCACUUUUAGUCGGCUGUACGUACAUCGGUAUCAGGCAUUUCAAACUUUCGAUUAAGUAGAAUUAAGUUGAUGGUUGUAUACGUACACAAUAAAUAUAUUAAGUAUCAAUAUCAGUUA